CCGACCUGACGUUACGUGACGUCAGAAACGUCAGAAGCGGCCCUGAUAGAUGAGCGCGCGUGCUUUUAUUCUAAGGGGUUCGGGACUCUCACAUCGACUGGACUUGAACUAAAAUUCAAGAAAUCAGAUAACAGGAUGGGUAACGGAAGGAGGUGUAGAAGGUUUGGGAACCAUCACAGUCUCAGCUGACGUGCUACGACGGACAAAGAUGUCAAUUGCUGCGGAGCAGCCAAAGCAUUGCCCUGACUGUGGAGAGCUGUGUGGUUUUGGAGAUGUACUGAAGAACCACACAUGCCAAAUGAUUUGUCUGACUCCAAGACGGAAGUCAGAAGGGGCUCUGAUGGCUCUUCCUGCCAUGAUGCAGAGCUCCUCUUCUCUGGUGAACAGUGAACUCAGCCAGCCCUUACAUCUGGAUCUCAUGGAUGCACUAAGCCCAGCUCCUUCAUCCACUGCUCCUCUUGCUCAUCUGCUUGUCCACCAGUGCACUCCAUCACUCCUUUCCUCCUCUGCUGCCUCUCCCUCAAUCCCUCCAUUCUCCAGACCUGAACAAGCACUAGCACAGAUGAGCACACCAUGGCUAGCCAGAUUAGCCAUGGAGGCUGGGCUCCAGCAGCUGACCCUGGAUGUUCAGGAGCACGUGUCCAUGCGACUGGGAUCCUUGCAGGAAGAUGUGAAGAAGAGGAGUGCGGAGGUGCACAGGGCUCGAAGGGAAAGUGAGAGAAUGGAGAAGGAAAAGCAGGAAGCAGAGGAGAAGACGGCUCAGCUGGAGCGCCAGGUAGAGGUAUCGGUGGAUAUGCUAGCCAACCUGAGGCACGAGCUGAUGGAGCGGGAAGAGGAGCUCAGCCUCAAACAACAAGAAGUUUGUGAUUUGAACCAAUUUGUCCAAGAGACUGCUCAGAAGGAAGCGGGUGCUAAGAUCCGCCUGCAGAGAUUCAUCGAGAAUCUGUUGGUGAGAGCAGAGAGAGCAGAGCGACAGCUGCAGGAGCUGCACACACACUCAUAUACACACACACACACCAGCACUGUGUCACCAGACGGAUCCUUCACAGCUGCCAGAGGAGCAUUACACCGGAGGAGCUACAGUGAGUCAGGGAUUUCCAGAUGCUGCUAUUCACGAUGUGAUCAAGCAGGAAGUCCAGUUCACAGGUCACGGAGGUGUGAGGAGCUUAGUGAGCCACAGUGUUACCAGAGGAACCCAUCAGACAUAGAGGCUGAUUCAGACAGCUGGUCUGUCUAUAGCACUGAUUCACAGGAGGGUCUGCAGCAGCAUUAUGGAACAUACAACAAGAGAGAUCACGCCGCAUUCCACUGCCACUCUUUUCGUCAUGACCGAUCAGUAUUGUGUUCAAAACGAAUAAAGAGAAGGGCGUGGCUUUUCUGCGUCUUUCCUUACCUGGACACACACUCACUCCUCAUUGCUGCAGAGGUGUGUAAGGAUUGGUUGAGUGUUGCCCGUCACCCUGGAGUGUGGACCAGGGUAACACUAGAAAAUGACCGCAUUUCAUCAAAGUUUAUGGUGACUAUGGCUCAAUGGUGUAGUCAGACACACACGCUCAUUCUACACCACCUUAAACCUCGCUCUCGUGCCAAGAAAGAGACUAAAGAGGAGUAUCUGAAGAACACAAGAGGAUGUCUGGAGGAGGGGCUAGAGGCGGUGCUAAGAUCAACAGGGCGGAGUCUUAUAUCUUUGACCAUCUCUCACUGCCCCAACAUUCUGACGGACAGGACACUGUGGCUUGUCAGCUGCCACUGCAGAGCUCUGCAAACACUUACUUACAGGAGCUCAUCAGACCCUGUGGGUCAGGAGGUCAUCUGGGCUUUAGGGGCUGGAUGCCGAGACAUCACCAGCCUGAACAUUGCACCUCUACAGCCAUGCCAACAGCCCAGUCGCUUUAGUAACCGCUGCUUGCAGACGAUUGGCCGAUGUUGGCCUCACCUGCGUCAGGUUGGAGUGGGUGGAACCGGCUGUGGUCUUCAGGGAUUAACCUCUUUAGUGAGGAACUGCUCCAAGGUGUGUGUGUUGGAGUUGGACCACAUGAGCGAGAUUAGCCAACAGGGGGCAGUAGAGCUGUGCGGGGAAGGACUACAGCAGUUACACACACUUAUCUUCAGCUACACACCUGUUACUGCCAAAGCCAUCCUGCAUUUUCAUAGUGUGUGUUUGAAGCUGAAGUGUAUCAUUGUGCUCAUGAGUUCUGCUGAUUAUUUUGAUGACCCUGAGAGUGAAGAAGCGAAGAGAAUUUUCAAAGAGAUGAUCGGCAGCCUGCAGGCACUGAAGAAGAGACCUGGCUUGUCAGGCAUCCUUCAAGUCAGAGUGGACCAGUGUGGCAUUCUGGCUGGCUCUUAAAGAAACCACACACACUCACACAAACACAUACACUCACCCACACACACACAAACAAACAAACACACACACACACACACACACACACACACACACACACACACACACACACACACACACACACACACACACACACACACACACAUGAACAAUUAGAUUUGCACUCACUGAUAAACACAUAAAAACACUGCACUUUAUUCUCCAUGCAAAGACACAUUCAGCUCCACACACUAAAAUGCACACCUACACUUUGUAUAUAAACAUACACACUUACUGCACUUUAUUCUGCACACUCAAAUUCACUCCUAAACCUACGCACACAUACAUACACCUAUACAUACACACACUACAAAUUUCUUUGCACUCCUACAACUCUGUGGUAACACACACUGUACAAACACACAUACACACACACCACACACCAAACACAUACAGUACACUGCACUUUAUUUUCCACGCACAGAUACUCUGACACACACAUACUCCUAUGCAUCCCCAACUCCACACACACACACAAACA